GGAAGGGCGCCUGCGGACCUGACUGCGCAUGCGCCGUAGUCCAACGUCGCUUCAGGCGUCAGAUACGAUCUUAAAGUUCGCCAACAGGCAUUAAUUAGCUUCGGUCCACUUGUUAGCAGCUGUUUAGCUUGGUUUUCGUUGGCGACGUGACCCACGCGGCGGUUCUUCGGCUCCAGGAACGAGCAGCGGUUCUCCUGGGCACCAUGUUGCCCGCCUUCCUGUGCGGAGCCGUGGUGUUUCCAGGACUUUUCCACGGCUUCAGGAGGCUCCUGAGGUCCACCUUCGCCCACUGGAGUGACGCCGACGUGGUUUGCGUCAGCGAGAGGCUGGUGUCCUCCGUCCAUGCGUGUUUGGCUACUGCAGCCGGUGUCACAGUUGUAACCACCUGCAAGCACGUCAUGACUGACAGCCACUGGCUGGUCAACGGCUUCGCCGCGUUCGCAGCGCCCUACAUGGCCCACGACAUCUACGCCAUGUACCUGAGCCACUACUACACCCAGAAGGUCAAAGGUCACCCCGGCGCGCUGGGCGGCCACUCCCUGCAGAUGGCGAGGGCCUUCUUGGCCAAGGACCGGAUGCUGGUGGUCCAUCACCUGGUGCUGCUGCUCUUCUUCCUGCCCAUCACUCUGUUUUACAGAAGGGGGCUCGGCGACUUCUUCAUCGGCUGCUUCUUCAUCGCGGAGCUCAGCACGCCUUUCGUGUCCAUGGGAAAGAUCCUGAUCCAGCUGGGCCUCGAUGACACCCGUCUGCACUGCGUCAACGGCGUCGCGGCCCUCCUGAGCUUCUUCGUCUGCCGCAUCCUCGUCUUCCCCUUCAUGUACUGGUCCUACGGGCGGCAGUUUGGGAUCCCGCUCCACAGGGUUCCCUUCCACCUGCCGCCGCACUGCAACGUGGGUAACCUGGCCGUCCUGGCCCCCCAGGUGUACUGGCUCCUCCUGCUGCUAAAGAAAGCCUACAGGCUGUACCGGCGGGGGGGGGCCAGGCCGAAGACGAGCUGAGUGCCAGAGCCUCCUCGAGGUUUGUUAUGACAAAAAAAAUGAUUUUUAAUGAAGAGUUUCAGAUUAAAAUCAAUGACAAUCUUGUAAUAUUUUGUAGUCAAACAAUUUACAGCCACAACUAAAUGUUAAUUUGCUUCUGAGAAACUCGCUUUAUUUUUGGAAUAUUGACAAUAGAAAUACUGAAAUAAUUCAACUGGAUCUAAUUAACUUCUUUGAAUUGGUGCGUGUGUCUGAUUUCUGAAUGAAAGAAUGCUUCUUGUACAAUAAAUGAUCAUCUCGA